AUUUUGAGGUUAAUUUUAUAGAUAAUGUUCAAUGUGCAUGUUAGGAGCUUGCAAUGUUGGAAGUGAGUUCAUGAAGAACUCUGUUAAAUCAACAAACAACGACAAACUCAAAUGUUCAUCUAUCAAUGUUCGAGAAGACAACAUUAGUAAAAAUGGCACUGAAUGUGAGGAAGCGUGGCUCAGAGAUGUGCAGAGAAAAUUGGCAAAAUAUCAAGAUAGCAAUAGCGCGAUUCCCGUAUCCACGACUGAAGGCAUGAAGAGAAAACUUGUCAACAGAACUAGCUCUGGGAAAGGCUCUCAAGAUGCCGAUUCAUUAUCUGAGGGAACUGGAAUUGAGCUGACAGCCACAUCCAGCCAGCAGACAUUUGAAGAAAGUCUACCAACUGAAGACGAGUUUACCCCUGAAGAUAUGACCAAUAUGGAACGACAUCGAGUGGCCGCAAUGCCCACUAAUCUGCCAGAUGUGGAUCACACUCAACCCGCUAACACAAAAGGACGGAGAAUGUUGAAUUGGAAUUCGUCGUACUUCCAUAAUAUACCAGGCACGCCCUUGCCUGACAGUCAACCAACUGAUUCAAGCAUUCCUAUAAGUGAAAGCGAAGAAGAUGAAGUGGAAGAUACAACGGGGGGUCUUGCAACUAUAAUCAACUGUGAAGGUGCAAAGAUACCUGAUAAAGAUAACCUAUUCUUCCGAGAUGGCAGGAGACGGAUAGACUUGCUUCUUGUUUACGAGGAGGAGGACAUAGAGGAGGUUGGGGUGUUAUCAGAACAGGAAACUGUUUUUCAAGAGACAAGAAGACAGUUCCACAAGAGUCUAGAAAAAGAGGGUUUGGAACUCGAGCUUGAAGGAAAGCAGAAUUCUUUCGAUCAGAAAACAUAUUUUCUCAAGAUUCAUGUACCUUGGAAAGUGAUGAGGCGAAUGGCGGAAGCAGUCAAUUUGAAAAUGCCUACCAAGACCUUCAAGCGCAUAAUACGAGCAGAUUCUCCUGACGAUGACUUAAACUCAGAUUCAACCUCGGUUAAUAGACACAGACGGAGGUUUGUGUCAGUAUCAGUCAAAGCAUGGGAUGCUCAAGUUUCGGAUGAGAAAUCGCAAGAGCCACCUAAAAUUAGCUUCCCACUGCAGAGCGUGUUCGAGUUGGAUCCCAAAGUCAUAGCCAGGGAGCCAUCCUUCCUCGAGGCUACUCACAGUGAUACCCACGAGGAUCAGUUUGUUAUAAAAGAUAGAGAAAACUAUUAUACAUCAGCACAACGAAGUCAAAUCGUGUGGCAAAUUCUUCUUCGAGCGAAAUAUGACGAUGAUCAAAAAGCAGGGAUCAGAAAACUUUUGAAUAAUGGCACAUACAUCACCGCUUUUCCCCUGCAUGAGGGCAGCUAUAACCGAGACUCCCCAAAUGGAAUCGUCUACGAUAGAAAAUUGCUGUACUUGGAAUGGGCCCGCCCAGGCAGAUGGUACAAACGACAACCCUUGUGGUUGGUCAGAAAAUAUUUCGGGGACAAAAUAGCGCUUUACUUCGCCUGGUUGGGUUUCUAUACAGAAAUGCUUAUACCUCCAUCUAUUGUUGGAUUACUCUGCUUCCUCUAUGGCUUAUUCUCUAUGGACUCAAAAGACAAUAUUCCUAGCAAAGAGAUAUGUGACAUGAGUGUAGCUGGGAACAUAACUCUGUGUCCACUCUGUGAUAAGGUAUGCAACUAUCAGAAAUUAGGCGAUUCUUGUGUUUUCGCCAAGGUCACAUAUUUAUUCGAUAAUCGAGCUACUGUCUUUUUCGCUAUCUUCAUGUCCUUCUGGGCCACAAUGUUCCUGGAACUGUGGAAGAGGAAGCAGGCAGUCAUAGCUUGGGAAUGGGACUUACAAAAUGUGGAAGAAGAUGAAGAACCACGUCCUGAAUAUGAAGCAUCUGUGAAAACUUUCAGAACGAAUCCAGUGACCAGGCAGAAAGAACCCUACAUUCCCACAUGGAACAAAGCUCUUAGAAUAUUCGUCACAGGGUCAACGGUUACAUUUAUGAUUUUGAUUGUUUUAAGCGCAGUAGUGGGCACUAUCAUUUACAGAAUCUCCGUGGUGACAGUAAUCUAUGAAGGGGGCAACAAAUUUGUUAAACGGCAUGCUAAAAUAUUCACAACGAUAACAGCUGCCCUUAUCAACUUGGUGAUUAUAAUGAUUCUGACCAAGAUUUAUCAUCACCUAGCAUUGUGGCUGACGACGAAAGAGAAUCCUAGAACACAGACCGAAUAUGAAGAUAGUUAUACUUUCAAGAUAUUUGUCUUUGAGUUUAUGAACUACUAUUCUUCUCUUAUCUACAUCGCAUUUUUUAAGGGAAGAUUCUUCAGCUACCCUGGUGAUACGGUCGCAAGAAAAAGCAAGUUAUUGCGGCUGAAAACGGACGUAUGUGAUCCAGCUGGAUGCUUAUCAGAACUCUGCAUACAGCUUGCCAUAAUUAUGAUAGGAAAGCAAUGUUUCAACAACUUCCUUGAGCUCGCUUAUCCGGCAAUUUAUAAUUGGUUGAGAUACAGAACACAGAGGAGCAGAACGAAAGAUAUUACACGAGAAUAUACGAGAUGGGAAGAAGACUAUCAACUGCAGGAUCCAGGCCGUUUGGCUCUAUUUGAAGAAUACCUUGAAAUGGUGAUCCAAUACGGUUUUGUAACUUUGUUCGUGGCUGCAUUUCCACUGGCUCCCCUGUUUGCACUGCUCAAUAACAUUGGAGAGAUCCGAUUGGACGCUUACAAAUACGUGGCCCAAUCACGGAGGCCGUUAGCUGAGCGGGUAGAGGACAUUGGAGCCUGGUAUGGAGUUCUUCAAGCGGUCACUUACUGCGCUGUUGUAUCUAAUGCAUUCGUUAUCGCUUACACCAGUGAUUACAUACCUAGAAUGGUCUACACUGUAGUAUAUUCCAAAACACACGAUCUAACUGGGUAUAUUGACUACUCUUUAUCAGUUUUCAACACAACUCACUACACAGAAGAAAUGAGAAUAGACAGAAAAUUAUCGGAUAAGGAGCCAGAUACAUGUCAAUAUAGAGGGUACAGGAACGGACCCGAUCAUAUAAAAGAUCCAUAUGGACUAUCUCCAGAGUACUGGCAUGUUUUUGCUGCAAGGCUUGCUUUCGUUGUUGUUUUUGAGCAUUUAGUGUUUGCACUGACUGGAAUCUUGGCCUACGUCAUUCCUGACGUACCAGCCCAGGUCCGGACCCAAAUAAAGAGAGAGAGACUGUUGGCCAAAGAAAUGAGAUACCAGCGCGGUAUAAAAGGGGAUGAUCUGGAUGAUCUCAUUCAUACUCCCAGCAAAGUGAAAGAUGUCAUCAGGCGAACCUCUCUAGAUAGAAGACUCAGCCGAAAUAGUUUUGGCAAAAGAUAGUAUCACAACAAUCAACUACCGACGUUCAUAAACUAAUAAGUGACCUCUACGAAUCAAAAUGAACUUGCUCGAAAAUACUUUAAUUCCAACAAAUUGUUUAUUGCAAUUUGAAAGGUUUACUUGUAUAGUCUAUCUGAAAUUCCUUUUAUAAAGUAUGAAAAUGUUAUGACUGCACUUUUGUGUAGUUCCACGCCUUCUACAAAAAUUAGUUCAUUGAAGAGAAAUUAAAUUAAAAUGAACUUUAUUUUGCCUUUGAAUAAUACAACAGUAAAAUUCAAUCAUGGUUUCAGAAUCAUACAAGCAGCAAUUUUUCAUAGACGAUGCCAGUUUACAUUUAUUCUGAGUAUACAUUUUAUAAUACAGAGGUAUUCGUGGCUAUUUAUAAUAUAGGCCUACCUCCGGAUAAAUCUCAUUCAUUCAUUUAUUUAUUUGUUAACAUAAUUACAAACAGGCAAUUUACCAAUAUUAAUCAAAAUAAGCAUACAUUUGGAAUUAUAAUCUUAAACAUAUCAAUAUAACAAAUCAAAAUUAACAUAUUCUGAUAAUAUAUAAAUAAAUGUCGCAUCCCUCUUUAGGCAUAGCUUGUGUUGAGGGAUGAUGAUCUCUCAUUCACUUGCACAUAUCGCAGUUCUAAUUUCAUCAAUGUUUUUUUUUAGUUCCUUUCAAGUAUAUUGAUGGGGUUGAUGUCUAUUAUAUUUUUUGAAAAUGAUAACUCCACUUGAAGAUGAGUUUGAAGUUAAACUACCUAUUUUUGUAUAUUUAUAAUUUUCCAGUGGUUUAUUUAUUGUUAUUGGUUGUUUUUUUCAUGUUAGAAGCUGGUUUUCGUUCGAAGACAUGUCCUUUCACACAUGCUCGACACACUUAUCCUGUCGUUAGUGGCCACCCUUAGUAGGCCUAGAUAUAAUCAACAAAUACUUGGGAACAAAUCGGAAUUAAAAGUGAUAAUUGACCAGUAAUUUCAACAAUUUUAAGUUAAUUUGUAGCCUACAUUCCAAAUAGGAUAAAAUGUGGCUAGAAGGGGAAAAGUAGACAAGAAAAUCUAUGGAUAAUAGAAUAGAAUGACUUAUAUUUGAUGAGGUGACGAAGUUUGGACAAUAAUGUCCACUCUACCAAUUACCCCCGUUAAUAAUGGGGUAACAAGUAAGAAAUGUCUAUUAUAGAUAAGGAUAUAUCUCCUGAUUCUUAUUUCGAGAGUUAGUAAAGUGAAGAAAGUAAAAGUUGAAUUCAAAAGCAAACUAUUUCAUAUUCCUGCAGGAAAUAAUUAUUCUUCAAUUUCAAUUUAAUAUUUCAGUAGAUAUACAACUCUAUUCAUAAACCAUGUUUAAAUUGAAUUGCUAUUUUUAUUUUUCUCCUAUGCUCUAAAUGUUACUCUCCAUGAUUACGCGAUAGUAUAAAGGUGCGUACAGACUUAUGCGCCACGAACACAUUUAUUUUUUCAUCAGCUAAUGCUAUGAUUAUUGUAUCUGUAUUUAUCUUAUUGUUUCUGAACAAAUGAAAAAUAAUAAUUUAUAAUAAUCAGGAGUAUGUACGCACCUUAAUAUUAAUUUGUAGUUUUCUACAAAAGAGCUUUAAAGAGCUUUACAAAGAGCUUGUAACUUUUUGGUAUCACUGCUAUAAUGUAAGCCUAGGUAAAUAUAUAUAGGCU